GUAAUUAUUGUUUAGACAUUUGAAUGAAGACAACAAUGUUUGACAAAUCAAUUGAUUCAAUGAUUUGGUUAUUAUUUCGUCACUCUUUUGUCACAACAACUGAUCCGUGAGUGUCCUCUGCGGUCAUAAACACAAUGAGCGUCACUACUAGUGUUGAUCCGCCGUCGGGAGUAAACUUCAAGUAUGAGUUAGAAGAAAGGGUUCUCUGUUUUCACGGACCGCUCAUCUAUGAGGCAAAGUGUCUGAAGAGGAUCUUUGUGGACAACUCUAAGAGAUAUUAUGUUCAUUAUAAUGGAUGGAACAAGUCUUGGGAUGAAUGGGUCGAUGAAUCCAAGAUUUUGAUUGUCAAUGAAACCAAUCUUCGCAAACAACAAGAGUUGAAACAAAAUUGUUUAACAAAUAAUAACAAACAAACCGCUAAUAAUAACAAAAAGCGAAAGAUUGGCCAAAAUAUGAUCGACGGUAACGGAAAAGAUGGAUAUAAUGAGACAAACAAACGGUUUAAAUCGUCCACAAAGAAUAAUGGCUCUAAAAAUGGUCAAAAUAACGAUAACUUAAUUAACACUUCAAAUGAAACCAAUAAGAAAAAGACAACAAAAAAGCGACGAAUGGAGACAUUGAUGGCUUUGGAAGAGUCGAUGUCAGGCAAACCCGACGCUAGUAUUCAAAUACCACUUAAAUUGAAGCCGUGUUUAGUUGACGACUGGGAUCUCGUGACCCGUCAGAAGAUGUUAUAUAAUUUGCCGGCAAACGUGUCAAUCGAUCAGAUACUCGAUGAUUAUGUUAAACAUAGGGUAGCAGUCAAUGGCGCCGAUGAAUCAGUUUUGAGACAAGUGGUCAAAGGUGUCAAAGGUUUCUUUAAUUCAAUGAUUGGCAGUCAGUUGUUAUACAAAUUUGAAAGAAUCCAAUACCAAGACUUACUUAUGUCUAACAAAGAGCACAAUACUGGCCGUCAAAUGUCCUCCAUUUACGGUGCCUUUCAUUUGUUACGACUCUUCACUCGAAUCAAUGUCUUCUUGUCAUACAUUGAACUAAAUGAUGAAUCUUUUGACUCUUUGUCUAAACAUAUUCACGAUUUGCUUCAAUAUUUAGCUUCGAAGCCAAAGUUAUUUUUAUCCGACGAUUAUUCAGUGGCAUCGCCUGAAUAUUGUCGAAAAUGUUUGUAAAAAUUAUUGAUUCAAUUUUCAUAAAUCAUUUAUAAGACCCAUAUUUCUUUACUGACAAUUGAGUUAUAUUUGUAGACAAUAUUGACAUUAAUGUUAGAUUUUUAUUAAUAAAUUGUCAAUUUAGAGUUUAACAUAAAAUUUGAUUUAUUUAAUUAGAUUUAAUAUUGUAUUUAACUUUGUUAACAAAAUUUAGCGAUCAAAACAUGUGUAAACCACUGGCCAUAUAAUAGUAUUUUUUAUAG